AUGGCAGGAGUGCGACUUCGCGUUCAACGGCUCGCUGGCGCUCGUGCCAUUCUACCUGCUGCUCACCAUGCGCCCCUCGCUGCCCUUCUCCGACUCGCUGCUCUUCUACAAGUGAGCGCUCACUUCGCUCCCACUCUCGCUUGCCGGCGUGCUCAUCUCCUCUCGCCGCCCUUCCGUCUCAACUCGCUCCCCCUCUCGUUUGCCCCACCCACUCUCCCUUUAAUUUCAUCUCGCCUGCAACUCUCUCCUCCGGGCGGUGCUUGGCACGCUCGCCUCUCUCACCCCCACCCCCCUCUCUCACUCUCGCCCUCCUUAUCUCCACCCACUCCCUCCAUCCCCCAUCUCUCCUUCCCUCCCUUCCCCCUUGCUCCCCCUCCUGUCUUACUCCCUGGGGAGCGCGGCCACUCGUGUCCGCCGUUUGACCUGGUCAACAGUGCCGGCAUGAAGCUCGUCGUGCGAGGCGCGUCCCCCAAGAGGUCAUGUCCGCCGUUGUUCCAUCCUCCUUCUGCAAGAAUACCUGGCACCGAUGUGGUUCCCAUGGUAUAUGGCAAUCUGCUGAUGAAGCUGUGUGAACCGCCGCGUCUCUUGUCCUCUGCGUCACUUGUGUUUGAACCACGGCCUCACUUGUCCUCUGCUGUGCGUGGGCAGCAGCAGUACUCAGGCACGUGCUUCAUAGUGGAGUUUGAGUCGCUGCUCAUCAAGAUGGGGCUGGGCCGCAACAACAUCGCCAAGCUCACCACCCGCGACGACAACCCCCAGUUCCCAGAGGUGCGUGCCGUCGUGGUCUCACUGCCUGCCUGCCUGUCACAUGGGCUCACUACCUGCCACGUGGAUCACUACCUGCCAUGUGGAUUUCACUGUCUUGCCACGUGGGCUCACUGCCUACCAUGUGGGUUCACUGUCUGCCAUGUUCCACCAGUGGAUUUCGUUGUCAAGGCAGCAUGUGCGGUUGAGGGACACACGGGCGUGGCGUGUGCUUGUCACAUGUGCUCUUUGCUUGCUUGA